GGAGUGAGUAAUCAUCCAAAAAUCGAUUUGAAGCGAGCAGUGGUCUGUGAAUUCGAGCUGUGAGAGUGCUGAGACUGUUUGGUUGAUAUCUCGAGUUUUACCAAUCCAAUUAAGGCGUGUGAGAUACCAAAAGAAAGCUCUCAAGACGAGGAAUCCGUGAAGGUCUGGUUUGCAUCAAUCGGAGUAGAGGAAGGCUUCCAAAUCGUCAGCGAAAAACACAACCUCGCAGAAACGGAUUUACUCUUCUAAAGAAUCGAGUUAGCCGGAAAACACCCGUUCUAGGGGCUGUUUUCGUAUCAACGAUUAGGGGUUGAAAUAGAAACUUGAGGAAGCUGUUUAACACCCAUUUUCAAGCAAGGAACCAGUUCUCAAUCUUCCUUGGCCGAGGCUUUGGUCAUUGGAUCGAGAAGGAAGGUUUUAAAGCUCAUUUGAGGUUGAGGCUAGAGCUUGCUUCCUGUGCUCGUUGCUCGAGAGAUCAUAUAGGAGGGAAGACUUGGUUCGUGCUUCCUCCAUUCUGUUUUUAAACCUUUCUAAACAUGCUCAUGGAUAUUUUACUAUGGAGCCUGCGUGCUCAUGAAAUGCCUUGUGUGGCCCUUUUGUUUUAAACAAUGUUUCCGCUGCGUUAUGAAUUACUUAUUAUGUUUGUUUAUGGAUGUAUAUGUGUGAAUGAUAUUCAAGACGCCUUGUAUAAUAUGAAUGUGUUGGACUGCGGUUGACUAUUCGUAUUGUACGGCGGGUUGUUGACGUGUCCGGAUAGGUCCGGGGCGUGACACAUAGAGGGUGAUGGCCUGGAGAUUUAUAAUUGGCACAUCAAACCCGGCCAAGAACUGUAUUUCCCCUUCCCUUCCGAAAACCUCCCUCUUGACAUCAUCGAUCACCAAAUCGGUGAUGGACGUCAUUAUUGCUUGCCCGGGGGAAUCCCACCUCAGUAUGAACCCCAAAACAAUGAACCAGGAAACCCUGAAGACAACCCCGCAAACGAACAUAUUGCCAUUGAACCACCACUCAUCCCUGAACAACCACAACCACAACCUCAUGCUCAUCAAUAUUCACCAUUUGAGCAAGAAAUGCUAAACAGCAUGAAUACUCUCAACCUUAACUACACUCAACUCCGGAAUGAGUUCGGGUUAUUUAGAAAUGAGCAGCAGCAGAGUUUUCAAAGAAUUGAAGAACAAAGGCGGGAGGAUUGGCAUAGGCAUGAAGAGGACCAACGGAGAACCUUUGGUCCAAUAUACUCUUAUGUGGCACACCAGGGGUCUUUUGCGACUAUGAGCAACCCCCCUCCCGCACCCUCAUGGUAUAACCCCACUGAAUGGGGUUAUUUCGGCGGUUCAAGCUCUAGUGGAGGGGGCGGAGAUGACGGGCACCAAGAUGAUCACAUGGAUGAAGAUGCUCACCUCACCGGUUACCACGGCUAUAGAGGGUCCUAUGAUGGAGGAGAUACGGGCGGGCACUAGGGACAGUGCCUAAUCCUAAGUGUGGGGGUAUUGAGAACUAUUCCGGUAUGCACCCAUUUCAUGCUCUUCAUUAUUUUCAAUAAAAAAAAAUUGAAAAAAAAAAAAAAUAAAAAAUAAAAAAAAUAAAUUAAGCUUGUUAUGUUGAAAACCCAAAAGGGCAACUUAAGCAAAAUAAGAGCAAAAAGAAGAGUGAGUUGGUGAGAACAAAAAGGAAAAUGUGGGAAGCUGGGUUGAAAACCCGAAAGGGCACCUAGACAAAAUGAGAGAAUGAGAGAAAGUAUUUCUUUUGAUUUUGCAGGAUCCUGAGGGUGAUUACUAUACAGAGUUCAUCGGAUGAGGAAGCUGAAAUUGAAGACCCACUUUUACUCUUUUGGUUUUGGAAACACUUUAUGUUAUUUGUUUUGAACGCUUAUGGUUUUUUGUGUUGCUACUCUUGCCAUUAAAGGACUUCUAGAACAGAACUCAUUUUACUCGAGACGAGUAAAAGUGCAAGUGUG